AGGCAGCGAAGGGCUGCCGCUGCCCCCUCCCGCGGCCGGGCAGCCUGGUGAGGAGCCUGCACAGUGUGUCCGCUGUCUCUGGGCUCGGGGAGCACCUGGGGAGCCGGAUGGAAGUAUUUGGAAGUGAUCCUCAAGAUACCAGCUCAAAUCCCAAAUAUUUCUGAACAUCGUAUGUUGACAUUUGUGUCUCUAGAUUAUUGCUGGUAUGGCUCUUCCACCUCCAGACCCACAGUUUGUUCUACGGGGUACUAGUGCUGAAGUCCAUACUCUACAUUUUUAUUGUGGAGGCCAAGAACCCGAUUACCCCAUUCUCUUCUCUGGGUCUUCCAAUGGGCUGAUCCAUGUCUGGAACCUGAAGACACGCAGGGUCGAUACAAUUCUAGAUGGCCAUGGAGGAAAAUCUGUGUACUGGGUGGAAGCAAUCUAUGGCAGAGACAGGCUCCUCAGCCAGGGUCGUAACCAAAAGAUCUGCCUCUGGGAUUUGGCAGAAGGAAGGAACACAGUGACAGAUUCUGUUUUCACUGAGAACGUGGGAUUCUGCAAAUGUUCACUGCUGAAGGUGGCACAGGGACAUUGGCUAAUGGCCAUGCCAGGAAAAGACCUAGAUGAGGUUCAGGUUUUGGAGCUGCCAUCCAAGACAUCAGUCUGUACCUUGAAGCCAGAGGCGGAUGCCAAACCGGGCAUGCCCGUGUGUCUGAAGCUAUGGCAGCCUGACUUUGGUUCAUGUCCUUUUCUUCUGGCUGGCUACGAGGAUGGAUCAGUGAUUCUGUGGAAUUUAUCAGGGGGAAAAAUAUUAAGCCGACUUGCUUGCCACCAGGAGCCAGUGAUGAGCCUUGACUUUGACUCUGAAAAGACGAAGGGGGUCUCGGGCUCAUCUGAGGAGGUGCUUACCGUCUGGAGCCUCGAUGAGCAGCAGAAUUUAAAGGUUCAGAAAACACACAAACUCAUCAAUGCUGGGAUUGCUGAUGUUGCCAUCCGCCAGGACAAGAAGAUCCUGGCAACAGCAGGGUGGGAUCAUCGUAUCAGGAUCUUUGGCUGGAAGAAACUGAAGCCCUUGGCAAUACUGGACUACCACACAGCAACUGUCCACUGUGUAUCCUUCUCAGAUCACAGUAGGCCAAGUGAAAGACUGCUGGCAGCUGGCUCAAAAGAUCACCGCAUUAGUAUCUGGUCAAUCUAUAAUCAAACCUCAGGUGCUUUGCACUGUCCUUUGGAAACUCGAAAGCCGGACUGAUAAACCAGAAAUUGUUGUGUGAUUAAAAUCUGGGGAUGGGGAAGUAUUAAACCAUCUGCAGUUUGAAUGCAAGUCCCCAGAAGAACCUAUUCACUAUAGAAAAUGUGUUGUUGUAGAAGGGAAAGCUAAUGCUAGGAAGGGAAGAAUGGAUGAUCAUGCAGUUAAGGCAAAGGCCUACCAGAGAUGAAUUCUGUUGCAUCCUCUGCCACAUGCUUCUUUUGGCAAAUUGUUUUGAUUCUUUGUACCAGUUUUCUCAUCUGUAAAAUGGAGAUAAGUGCUGUCACUCAGGCAUGGUGUGGUCUAGAGUACACUGGUUUCCAAAUCAUAUUGAGAUCCUUCAAUGUACGUAAGUGCAAAGAAUCAGUUUUAUGUGAACUUGAACCCAUUAAACCAUCCAUAGCAGUUUCUCAUGUCAGUUACUUUUUCUUCCCCAUAACUGAAAAGCUAGCAGACCAACCUUGAUUUGUUCACACUUCUGUCAGUUUCUAGCUUAAGCCAACAGUCAAGAAUGUGACUAGGGAUGGCUUUUGGCAUUUAUGAAUUUCAUUAUGUCCCAUGUCACCUCAAGCCUCGCAAUUAAUCAUAGAAAGAAAAAGGAAUCUUUCCAUGCGCUGCAUUGUAAAGCUAUGUAAAGCCUUUUCCAGAGCCAGUGCUAAAGCCUUUCCAUAGACUGACUAGCAGAAGGAUUUAAACUGAGCAGUCCAAUUAGCGCCCUUCUCCUUGGAGAUUUGGGGUAAAUUUUCAGUAUGGUGAGCCAGGGAUUUGGCUACACAUCUCCCAUUAACAUUAAUGGGAGUAGCAUGGAUAAAUCCUUCUGCACUACCCUGAAAAUGUACCCUUUAGUUUAUCAUCUCCAUGGUUGUGGAAGCUGAAAUUCAUUCCAAAAGCUGAUUGUUUUUGCUUGAGUCAAGGCACAGUACUAGCAUUCUCCUUUUCAAAUAUAUUUGAGCAGUAAGUCUGUUUGCAGGCCAGGAAAUCUCACCACUGAAUUAAGGUUUGCCAGUAAGAUGCACUUAUAUGUACACCAUAAAAGCAAUUACCAGUGUGACUUUAAAUACAGAGUAAUUUCGAAAUGCUAGGUGGUUCUUGGCAUCAGAAAUAUUUAGCAUCAGGAAAAAAGUGUCUGUUCUGCAAAGGGGGAUUUUUGGGAUACCAGUGCUGUUCUGUUGAUGUUUUAUUGAAAAUGUUUGUCCCUACCCAUUUAUAGGGCUAGACAUCAAAGGGGAACUGAUCAGAGAUGAAUUGGACAGCAGCAUCAAAAGACUUCAGGACUACAUUUCAGAAACCAAACUCAUGUAAUGCUGAUGCGAAAGCUAAACAUAAAACCGGGGCCUGCUAUGCACCUGUACCGUACAUGCAGGGAUGAUCUUGUUGAACAAGUGCUUUCUAACUCUGUACAAGAAAUUUUCCUUAAGUGCCAAGCCCCAGUGUUCUUUCAAUGACAGAACAUAAACCAUACCGCAAGGCUUUUACUAAUAAAACUCUGCACUUCCCAACGUUUAAAGUGGUGUCACACACUGAAAUGUGUUCCUGCAUUUCUUUGGUUAUUUUUCUCUUUAUAGUCAGCUCUGUGGAGGUUUAUUCUGCACGGGUGAGUCAGAUGAGGCCUGAUCCUGAGCGUCUUUGAGCCGGUCAUUGGGAGUUACAGACGCUCAUUACAUCUAGACGGUAGAUGUGUAUGUGAAAUGAUCAUGCCAGGAUCUCUACAUAUCUUCCUCUUCCCAUGCAGAAGAGAGGGGUCUGGGGUCAGCAAUCUCCACAGCACCAUCAUCCUGAGAUCCACAAGGAGCCUGACUGAAUGAUACACGUUUCAGAGGGAUCGCCGUGUUAGUCUGUAUCCGUAAAACCAACGAGGAGUCCUCUUUGAAUGAUACAAGGAACCCCACACCGUUUUUCUCCCCACAAAACAGAUGGGGGACUUAUGAUGGAAAGAAAGCCACUGUUUCUUAUUCUUUUGUAUUAAAUUGCAGUGGUACCCCUCUGAUCUCAGAGACUCACCUAAUCCUACAACAGGACACCUCCUGCUGAAUUCACAUGUAGUAAGGCCCUGCACCUAUUGAGAUGAAUGGCAAAACUCCUACCGACCCCAGUUACAUGAUUAAACCCUAAGAGAUCACCCUUCUCCAGGAAAGUCCUUGGUUUUGAUUGGAGUUUUACCAGACUAAAGAUUCAGGGCCAGACUCCUAGUCACUGCUUGAUUUGUUUAUUUACAAAUCAGAUAAAGAGGGGUUGGGAGUGUUAAGGUGAACACUAAGGCUGUGUCUCUGCUGCCACUUUCAGCGCUAAAACUUUAGUAAUUUGGGGGGGUGAAAAAACACACCCCUGAGUGACAAAAGUUUUAGCGCUGAAAAGUGCCAGUAUAGACAGCGCCGGGCUCCCGGCCAUAAAGCUACCACCCCUCAUUCGGGGUAAUUAUUUUUUAUCACCGGGAGAGCUCUCCCCUGGGGAUAAAGUGUGACUACACUGCCCAUGUCACAGGGCUGCCUCGGCCACGCUGUAACGUGGGCAGUAUAGGCAUACCCUAACUUUCAGGCCCAAUGUACUUUUCUCCUCUUUAUAGUUAAUGUUUCCUAUAUAACUGCUGUCACUUUGUUUUUGAGUUGAUGAACUCAAUCUAUGUCAGUGAGUACUGCUUCGAAUAGAAAGUGAGUCUUUGUUCAUCUGUGCUAAGAUAUUCCAUCUGCAACGGAAUCUUUAAAAAAAAAAUACUUCCAGCUUUUUAAAGAAUUGGAGUUGCUCUGCUGUCACUGAAACAUGCUCGAGUAUCUCAAAACCUGAUCCAGUACCUCCAAUGGAAUUGUAGGGUGACAUGACACCUUAAUCUUAUUGAACAUUCAUUAUUCAUUAACAGCUCUUUCAAGCCUUCUCCAAGCAAGGAUUAAUAAGCAAAGCACUUGCUAAUUGAGAGUAUUGUUUGAUCUGGGCUUGUAGUUGAAUCUCUGUUCACUGACCAACUUACCAGCAGUCUAUUUUUCUCUGGCCUUGAAGGCAGCCUUUGUAGUCAGAGUUCACUGUCUAUCAGAGUUGUGGAGAUGCUCAAGGGAUUCUUAAAGUAGCCUGAUAUUUACUAGCUCUUUGCAUAUAUUCUUAUAUGUUCCUUCAUGAUCAAAUUAUCACCCUUUGCUUUAAUAGAUGUUUAUAUUUGUUUGACGAGUUAGUUUAAAAAAAACAACCCAAUCCUGCACAAGAACAAAUUAAAAAUAAGGAGAUGAACACACAACUUCAAUCCCACAAACAGAUAUACACAUCAGGGCAUGGAGUGUUAUUGACUUUAAGAGGAGGGAGUGCAGAUCGGCUUGCAGAAAUAGGAUUUGUAUUUUGCCUUUUCAACCUGCACAUAGUAAUAAGUACUUCAUAGGUGAAAGGGUUAAUCAGCACAGUACAUUAGCAAUGAUAUUUUACUUUCAUCAUCCUAAUCAAUUGUGGGGGGUUAAGUGCAUUUUUUAGUUUCCAUCUAAGUUACUGGUGCUAGAGAUUUGCUUGAAUACAUUAUCUGACUUAGAUACACACACUGACUGCACAGUUUUGAUCUGGAUCACAACUUUCCUGAAAUUUAUGAAGUUAUUUACUUCAGGAUCAAGACAUGAAUUUCAGUCUCAGACCUGAACUUCCCAAAGUAAAGAAGUGUUCAAAUCAAAGUGUUCGUUUGGGCCUCUGUCUGUUAACACAGGACUAUAAAAUGUAGCUACCUGAUCACAUCUAAGAAAUCAGUGUAAAAUAUUCCCAGAAGAGUUAAAAUAGCUUAUUAAAAUGAAAUAUGGUCAUGUUUAUCCCACUGAAGAUAGCAAAUGAAUCAACUGAAAUCAGGAAGAUUUUGAGUAAAGAACCACCACAAACUGAUGGAGUUAGCCCCUGAAUCUCACCUGUCAGAGAGGAAUAGGACUAGCCUGUACUUGGCUUAAAAGAGUGAAGGUGAUGACAGCUAAAUUGUUGCAAAAAAGCUUCCUCCCAAGAAGUGGUGUAACUGUCACUCUGGGGGAGGGGGUGGGAAGCAACCAACAUUCAUAAGCUAAUUGAAAUAAAUCCCAAACACUAGCAUUUGUACAGCAAUUACAUGGAAUAUUUAUCACCAAUGGGAUGAAUGCUGACCUCUGACCCUCAGAUGUUUCCUGUAAAUGAAUACGUUAGUUCCAAGCUCUUCCUCUGUUCUGAAUGUGGUGAGCAGGGUGUUCUACUUCGAAGUGGAGAUGAACUAGGGAAGAGGAAGAUAGCUAGCCAUUGUCAGUGUGAGGGCCUGUGAAAAGAGCAAACUGUAAAACCUUCCCUCCUGCACUCUGAAACUGAAAUUAAUUAUUAGUAAUAGUGGCAUAAAUUACACACUGUGGAGCCCUACUGGGACUGCUGGCACUUUUUUUUAAAGAUGGAUAGCUUUAAAGUCAGUACUGUGUGAUGGUUUCUAGUAUGUUUAAAAUGCAUCUUACAAGACUUGAUUUUGUCCAAUGCUAGCAGACAAAACUACAGAUUCAUAAAUUUUUUCUUCUCUUCAGCGUCCCCAGUCGAGAUAAAGAGGUGAAGUGACUCAUUAGCACAGCAGCCAGGUUAAUUAUCUGAGCAAAAUGCAAGAAUUACUGAGCCGAAGAUCAAUGCAUUUCCUUAUCUAGCAUUGUCACUGUGGUGUGAAAAUGUGGAUCACUGUGUCCUGCCUGGAUGAAUAGGACAUGAUAUGUUAAGACAGGGGUCGGCAACCUUUCAGAAGUGGUGUGCCGAGUCUUCAUUUAUUCACUCUAAUUUAAGGUUUCACGUGCCAGUAAUACAUUUUAACAUUUUUAGAAGAUCUCUUUCUAUAAGUCUAUAAUAUGUAACUAAACUAUUGUUGUAUGUAAAGUAAAUAAGGUUUUUAAAAUGUUUAAGAAGCUUCAUUUAAAAUUAAAUUAAAAUGCAGAGCCCCCCAGACUGGUGGCCAGGACCCGGGCAGCGUGAGUGCCACUGAAAAUCAGCUCGCGUGCCAUAGGUUGCCUACCCCUGUGUUAAGACAACAAUAUGUGUUUCAGACAAGCGGUGAUGUAUACAAAGUCUUUAAGCAUGACUUUACAGUGUGCUCCCACGUGAAUUAUGGAGAUGAGCUGGUACGAAAUGCAGGAACUUUCUGUUAUUCACACACUGUUUGGAAAUUCUAGUCUGCGUCCCAGUGCUGGAGGCAUUUUUCCAGCUGAGCGUGUACCUUUCCUUUGCCACAUGGCAGCAUCAAUUUGGCCUUUGAGAGCAAUUAAAUAGUUGUAUACAGGCACAGAGGAUGACACACUCCCCAAACAGCUCACUCCUAUUAUUCACACCUGUUAGGUCAAUUUCAUUGCUGGUGUACCUUCACUGAAGCCAGUGCAGUUGCACCAGUGACGUAGUUGGCCUAUCACUCCAGCACUCUUUUGUAGCGUUAUAGGUACUGAAAGCAUUUCAGAAACUGCAGCACAGACAUUAAGUGUGACUAAGGCCCCUGAAGGAGCGGUUAAGUGCCUAAGUCAACAUUGAGGCACCACUGGCAUGCACAAAACCACUGCUCAGCUGCACCAAAUCUGUGGGCACCCGUUUCUGCCAGAGGGCGUACGCACAGCUGCCUAAGUCCUGACUCUGCUGGGCAGCUUGGCAUCAAGCUCAUACCUAAGGCUCAGUGGGAUUCCCAGACCAGGUGGCUCCUGACCUGCCGGACCUGCGGAGCCCGAUUUAGGAGGCAUACUCUGAGCACACCGCACCCGCACAAAAGAUGGUGGGGAGGAAUUAAAUAUUCAUUGGCGCAAGGAUAUGACUCCCCCAGAGUGCCCUCACCACCAGGCUAUAAAGUCAUUCUUGAUCUCACUUUCUGGGCUGCUGCUGCCUGUUUGUGCAUUUCAUGCAAAGUGGAAGAGAUUCAACAGAAGAGAUUGUGAGCAACCCAUCCCAGAAUAGCCCUGGCAGCCUGUCUUUUAGGGUUCAGAGUAGCAGCCGUGUUAGUCUGUAUCUGCAAAAAGAACAGGAGUACUUGUGGCACCUUAGAGACUAACACAUUUAUUUGAGCAUAAGCUUUUGUGGGCUACAGCCCACUUCAUGGGAUGCAUAGAAUGGAGCAUAUAGUGAGGAGAUAUAUAUACACAUACAAAGAACAUGAAAAGGUGGGAGUUGUCCUACCAACUCUAAGAGGCUAAUUAAUUAAAAGAAAAAACUUUUGUAGUGAUAAUCAAGAUAGCCCAUUACAGACAGUUUGACAAGAGGUGUGAGAAUACUUAACAUGGUAGAAAAAGUCAAUGUGUGUAAUGGCUCAGCAAUUCCCAGUCUCUAUUCAAGCCUAAAUUGAUCGUGUCUAAUUUGCAUAUUAAUUCAAGUUCAGCAGUUUCUCGUUGGAGUCUGUUUUUGAAGCUUUUCUGUUGCAAAAUUACCACCUUUAGGUCUGUCUUUUAGGAUUGUCAACUGCAUCACCGCUAUGGUGCUUGUUUUCAUUUGGUCCCUAAAAAUGUUUGCAUAAUGUUAUCGGAUACCAGGAUUAUUUGGGUUGAAGCAGCUGUUUCCUCCUUUUGUUGGUGUGUGUGCUUCUUAGAUUCAGCUGCAUUUACUCAGCCUAGUGAAAGGAAAAUCUUAGACUGAGCAGAGAAAUGACCCCUCUAUAUUUAAUGCACAUGCCUGAGGAGGUUCAUUCUAACUUUUAGCUAUUAGUGGUUUAUUCCCUCUCAAUCCCAUCCAUCAUGCAGCCUUUGGCACUUUAAUGUAUUAUUAAACCACAUAGCUGGGAUUGUAGCAACAUAAUCCCUGAAUUGUGAAUGUUUUGCCCAUGUGAUUAAUGGUGUGAAAUAUAUCUGUGCAUGUUUUA